GAGUCAUCUUCUUGGGUAGGUGGAAAUAGUGAGCCUUUGACUGGCUUUACAUGGAGAGGAGGGUGUGAGAGAGAAACAACUGGCAUCCAGAUUUGGAGUGAAGUAUUCAUAAUUCCCAAACCUGAUGGGACAAAGACUCUUAUGUUCUUAAUUAGAGACUGGAGCUAUCCAUAUGAACACCCAUACGGUUUAAAAGGAGGAAAACAAUUUCUAGAAAAGCGAUUACAGGUAAAAUUACACCAGCACGAAGAGCUCCAGAAUGUAAGGAAGCACAUUCAUUCAUGUUUCAGUAACCUAGGCUGUUUCCUGUUGCCACAUCCUGGUCUUAAAGUUGCAACUAACCCAAAUUUUGAUGGGAGACUAAAUGGCUUAUAUUAAAAUCUAUCAAGGAGAGGAAUUACCUCAUCCCAAAUCAAUGCUUCAGGCAACAGCAGAAGCCAACAAUCUUGCUGCAGUAGCUGGUGCAAAAGAUACUUACAAUAAAGAUAUGGAACAGGUUUGUGGUGGAGAUAAGCCUUACCUAGCACCUGCCGACUUAGAACAAAAGCACCAAGAACUUAAAGGAUUAGCAAUUAAACAUUUCCGUUCUGUGAAGAAGAUGGGAGGUGAGGAGUUCUGUCGUCGUUACCAGGACCAGCUUGAAGAAGAGCUUGAUGAAACCUAUGCAAACUUUGUGAAGCACAAUGAAGGCAAAAACCUCUUCUAUGCUGCUCGUACACCAGCGACUCUAUUUGCUGUCAUGUUUGCUAUGUAUAUAAUCUCAGGACUGACUGGAUUCCUUGGCAUGAACUCCAUAGCAACCCUGUGUAACCUCGUGAUGGGCAUAACACUUGUCUCCCUUUGUACAUGGGCAUAUGUUAAAUACUCUGGGGAAUUCAGAGAAAUUGGAACACUCAUUGACCAGAUGGCGGAAGUACUAUGGGAACAGGUUAUAAAACCUCUUGGGGAGAAUUUGAUUGAGGAUACCAUGAGACAAUCGGUUACAAACUCUAUCAAAGCAGGCCUGACUGAACAGAUGUCUCAGCAUGCCAGAUUAAAGACAAACUGACAGCUCACCUCAUCUCAUCUGCCUGUCCAUCCUAGAUUUGCUUGUUGUACAACGAGAACUCAAUAAACCAAAGUUUACAUUUGACUAUAAAGCAGUAGUUUAGUCUGCUUGGAUUCCUAAUUUACUGCCAUCGUAUUGUGGGAAGAUAACGGUAGGGGUACAGGAGAAGAAACUGAACUGUUUUAAAGAGUUUAUCUUGAUUUGCUCCCACAAUGUCAUGGAAAGGGAAGAUCUUAACCAUGGUACUAGUGUCCUUUGUACCAGGGUCUGAUUUAUGGAAUUGUAUCCACUGUAAAGGGUUUUUCAGGGAAGUAUCAAAACCAUACAGAAAUCUUUUAAUAGAAUGUAUAAUCACACAAAAUCCCAUUUGACGUUUUAAUUUUCAGCAUUUAUAACCUGAGUCCAGUUGACAUAUCAGCAGUAGCACUCAACUGAGAACUCAUGUUUGAGCCACUUCAUUUAUCUGCUCUUGCAUUACUGCCUUCUCUACCAGUAUUACCCAAAUGCAUGUAUAUUGUUCUCCACAGCAGCUUCAUUUAAAGAUAACUAUAACAUUGUCCUGCUUUUUUUUCCAGUUUAGAGACCAUGUCUUUACAGGAUAUGCAUAUUAUGGAAAGAGCUGCUUUUCUCUGCAGUUUUAGCCUACAUGUAUAUACAAUAUGCCAUUAUUACUGAGGGGGGGCGGGAAUCCAUCCAAAAAUAUCAAAAUCCGUUUCCUACAACUACAAAGCAAUGAGUUCAGAUUGUCUGUACAGUGUGUCUAGUUAUUUUUUUAAUCACAGGGCAUGUAUAAAAUAUAAAUAUAUAAAUACAAUUUUGUAUCAAAAGUUUUGUAGUUUAUGGCAAAACCUGGUUCUGUGAUAAGCUAAGUGCAGUCCCUGUAAAGGAAUGUUUGUGGCUCAUGUAAAUGUGUGAAUGCAUAAAAACAAUUUAGUUUUUUUUGAUAUAUUUGUGAUAUUUACCUGCCUUGAACACUGCAAUCUCAUCCCAUGGGAAAUCAGUGGGAAUGUUUGUUGUGAUUGUCUUCAGUUACAUUUUAAAGUUAUUUCUUGUAAUUUAUUUUCUGGUACAUUAAAAUCAAAUGUGUAUAUAUGAAA